CUUCGCGGGCUCAACUGUGGGAGGAACGCCUUGGCAUAUUGCAACUUUCUCUCUCCUCAAAGAGCAGAGAAAAAACCGUGGCAAAGAGGAGAUUUUUGACCGUCUAAUUGUUACAGAAAUGUGGAUCAGACAAGAGUACAUGCCAGAGAAAGCAAGAUAUGAAGCGCCUUACGAGAUUGAUAUCGAACGCCCUCAUAAAUGUGAUAAAAUUCGGAUCACGCUAGCACAAAGCCCCGCCGCUAUCGGUACCACUGUAUGGGACGGGAGUAUCGCUUUGGCGAAAAUGUUCGACACCAACCCUGAAUACCCACCAGAACGAUUACGAGAAAGCAGUGUACUCGAGCUAGGAGCAGGCUGUGGACUUGUUGGAAUUUAUUUGUGUCUGUUAGGAGCAAGAACGACUGUCUUGACUGAUUUGAAAUGCUGUGUUUCAAACCUAGAGAACAACAUUGACCUAAAUGUACCCAAAGGACAGCAAUACGAUAUAAACGCACUGGAGUAUACUUGGGGUACAGACACAAGUAAACUAACUCGGCAUGGCUUGUACGACCUUGUUGUUGCUGCAGAAGUUCUGUAUGAUGAAAAGGACUCUGUGGUUUUGGCAAAAUCUAUUGCACGAGUUGUUCACUCAAAGUCUAAAGUGUUUGUCUCCAUGGGUAGAAACCGACUUGGUGAAAAAGCGUUUGUAUUAGAGAUGAUAAAACAGGGGUUUAAUGUAUCUGAGGUUUCAAGAGACAACCUUCACCCAAAGUUUCAAGACAGCAUCAUCAAAGUCAUUAUGUUUGAAAAAGAAUAAACACACACAUUUUGAAA